UUCGACUUCAUUGUUCAUAGGUUAUUUCUCAUGUUCCACAAUAUAUUGUGCUUGGCUCAUACUCAGGCUCGGGCCAUUCUUGCUUUGCACAUUAUUGCAUGAACCCUGCUACAGCGGUCAAUUCUACAUUCCACACUUCGGUUCCUCAUAUAUAACCCUCAUGGAGUUCCCUGAUACCGACGCCAAACCUUUCCCAUCUGCUCAAAUCAAGUCUUCCCCAUCUACCUCAAUCAAACAUGUCCUUCCUUUCCCCCCAUACAGUUGACUUUCCAAAGCUGCUCUUGGAAGACAUGGAGACACUCGCGGUCAACAGACUGUCCUGGAUUGCAGGAUAUGACAUUGAGAAACACGGAUGGAUUACAUUCCAGGGUUUGUAUUGCGAUGAAUUUGAUUACGAUCAACAUGCGUGGAGCAAGCUGGUCAAGGACCAACAGACUAAGAAUCUCAUGCAAUCCGUAUUGGAUGCUAUUGGAUGUUUUCCUGGCAUUCCACAGUCAGUGAAAGUUUGGAAAGGCCUGAAUGUCCUGCUGAAAGGAGCCCCGGGAACGGGAAAAAAGACGGUUGCUCAUGCUGUCUGCAACAUACUCAAGCGCCCGAUGCUCCCCAUUUGGGCCAAUGAUAUCCCAGACCUUGCCAACGUGCAACCUUGGGCUGCCAAACUAGCAUCGCUUGCGAUCAAAUGGAAUGCGGUGUUGGUCGUAGACCGUGGAGAUUCAUUCAUGAAAUUUCAAAACCGCGUCGAGAUGAUGAUUCAACAGUUUGAGUCGCCCGGAUGUAUCUGUUUGUGGCCUGCGGUGUUGUCGGACGCGCAGCAGGCAAUAUUCGGGCCGCUCACCGACACCAUCGAAUUCCCCGAUCUCGAUCGGGCAGCCCGUCGCCAACGUUGGCUACUACUCUUUGGCCGAGGUGACCUAGCGGAAACUAUCCCUAGCGGCGAACAUGUAUUUGUCCCUACCGUGAGGGACACAGAGGCGUGGACCUUACUUCGAGAGAUUGAGAAAAUAUCUUGGUACAAACUCGAUGGAGUGCAGAUCGAAAAUUGGCCACAAGGUCGGCUGGGGGACAAAAACCAACUCCACAGGACAUAAAGGAGUAUCUCAAGGAAUGGGAUGCGCCGCUUUCUGUACGGAAAAAGAUGUCUCGGUUUUUUGCUCUUCGUGAAAUGCAUCGACCCGACUCGGCGAGUGACUCGUGAUGGGACCAUGUUCUCAAGCACAGUGAAAAUGUUGUACCUGUUUGACAUACGUGCUUGAUGCCUUGUACUUUGUAUAUAUUGUAGUAACUUAUCAUUGUGCAUGCGAAAUACCCAUACGCAUGUCAUGAAGGGGACGGAAGACUUCGCCGGCCCAUCAGCUUCUUGCUUCUUGCAUGGCCUGGAAGAUACUAUUACAUCGUUUCGUACAAGCUCACCGCGUGCGGCUUAAAUGUUAUUGAUGCAUUGGAAAGAAUAUCUGAACAUUCAAAUACUCGAGCGAUAAAUCGAU